AUGACCUCGUCAGCCACGAAUAUGUCUGAACACAAAGAUGUCCCAGUGUCUGUCCCCGACCCUCCCAACCAGACUCCUCAUAAUAGCGCCGACAAAGACUCUGAAACCGUAUCCCAAGAGCCGUUGCCAGCAACAUCUACGCAGAACGCCACGGCGCCUCCGAACUUGGAUGAAGCACUAGAGGAACUUCUCAAGCACCACGACGUGCUGAGAGCAUGGCUCGACCAUACGCGUUACUUCGAUAUCGAGCAUAGGAAGCGAGAACUCAAUUAUGUCAAGCUGAAGGAGCUGGAAGCAGAGAGGGCCAAAGUCCUUCAAGAGAUCCACGGCAGCAACCUCUCAGAAGUGCUGACCCCGGAAUCUCCCAUAUCUGCCCGUUCCACUCCCACAUCCACGAAAUCGCCAGUUAGACGACCCGGAUAUGAGCAGACUCCAAUUCCCUGGAAGUCAAAUCCCCACUCGAACCGUGCCUCUACUGGAAAUAUGUCGAUGACAGAGACGAAGGCAGAGUGGCCACCAAAGGGAGCUCGGUACUUUUUGAUGAAAUGCUACCCACCCAAUAACGGGAGGAAGUCGAGCUCGGGUAGGGACGUCUCCAACAUUGACCAUUCUAAACGAGAGGGGAUUUGGAUAACACAGAAAAAGCACGAAGAGAAGCUGGCAACUGCCUUUCGAGAGAGCAGGCCCGUGUUUCUCUUCUUCUCGCUCAACGGGUCUAGAGCGUUUCAGGGAUAUGCGAGAAUGACCUCCGCCCCUAAUACCAACCUUCGGCGUCCUGAUUGGAUCGCGAGCUCGGAUUUGACCACGUCGCCUCCCUUCAAGGUCGAGUGGCUCAGUACGCACACGGCAGAAUUUCCCUUUUUCCAACAUAUCACCAACGCGAAGAAGGGCAACGAAAAGGAAGUCGAGGGAAGUUAUGGAGGGGAGCAGCACUCCAGGGAGUUUAAGAAUAAGACAGUAACGGAAGGACAUGAUGGAGAUGAAUAUUCUGAGGAAGCUGGGCGGGAGAUGGUCUCCAUCAUGGACGCAGUCGAAGAUAAUGCGCGUAUCGUAUCGGUAGGGCGUUCGUCUAGGCAAGCUCAUCUCCCACCUGCAAAUAGCAACAUGUACCACAAGGAAAGGGAGAACAGGAGUUAUCCCGAUGGUCUUCGUCAUCCGUCCCAGUCGCCACGAAGAGGAGCACUGCUGCGAAACUCAGGGCCGAGACACAGAGCGCGGCCCGUCCCAAGACUAGGGUUCCAGAAUCCUUGGGAUGAUAACCACCCAGAGGAAACAGGAUUGAGGGGAUCGAGAUGGGGGCAGAGGGGGCACUCACCCUCACCGCAGUACUCAAGUCCAGCAUGUGGGCGCUGUGAGGAAGGAGAUUUGCUGGGGUUUUCUGAUAAUGACACAAGUGGGCGGGUUUGA